AUGAUCAAGUGUCUGAAAGGCCACAGGCCACAGAUCAGAUCAGGCCAGUGCGGUCCCAUGGCAGGUGCUACCAAGACUGAUGUGGAGGCUGCGGGAAAUGAAUUUCAGCUCAAUGAGGAAGCAUUGUCUGUGCUGCAGGAAUGGAGCAGACCUGCCCAGGGCCACCAGAAGAUUGUACCUCAACCUGGACAUCAGUCCUCGCCACCUGUGGUGGACACCGUGCAUGGCAAAGUGUUGGGGAAGUUCAUCAGCUUAGAAGGAUUUGCACAGCCUGUGGCCAUUUUCCUGGGAACCCCUUUUGCCAAGCCCCCUCUUGGACCCCUGAGGUUUACUCCACCGCAGGCUGCAGAGCGAUGGAGCUUCUUGAAGAAUGCCACCUCGUACUCUCCUAUGUGCACCCAAGAUCCCAAGGCGGAGUAGUUUCUCUCAGAGCUAUUGACUAACAGAAAGGAGAACAUUCCUCUCAAGAUUUCCGAAGACUGCUUUUACCUCAAUAUUUACACUCCUGCUGACUUGACCAAGAAAAACAGGCUGCCAGUGAUGGUGUGGAUCCAUGGAGGGGGGCUGAUGAUGGGUGCGGCAUCAACCUAUGAUGGGCAGGUCCUCGCUGCCCAUGAAAACGUAGUGGUGGUGACCAUUCAGCACUGCCCGGGCAUCUGGGGAUUCUUCAGCACAGGAGAUGAAUACAGCCAGGGGAACUGGGGUCACCCGGACCAGCUGGCUGCCCUGCACUGGGUCCAGGACAACAUUGCCAGCCUCGGAGGAAACCCAGGCUCUGUGACCAUCUUUGAAGAGUCAUCGGGAGCAGAAAGUAUUUCUGUUCUUAUUUUCUCUCCAUUGUCCAAGAAUCUCUUCCACCGGGCCAUUUCUGAGAGUGGUGUGGCCCUCACUCCUGCUCUGGUGGAGGAGGGUAACAUCAAGUCCCUGGCUAAGGCCCACCAGAGCCAGAGUCCUGCCCACUUCCUCUGGGCCCAGCCAUCUCAGCACCAGGAGGGAGAACCUGACACCUCUGUUGCCUGCUCACCCAGCUCAGUGUUCUCCUGGGAAGCCUCUCACCCACAUCCGCUGCCUUUGUCGUCACAGAAUUUCUUAACUCUGGACUUACAUGGAGACCCCAGAGAGAGUUACCCCCACACUCCCAUGGUGAUUGAUGGAGUGGUGCUGCCAAAAACACCCGAGGAGCUUCAAGCUGAAAGGAGGUUACACACUGUCCCCUACAUCGUUGGAUUUAAAAAGAAGGAAUUUGGCUGCUUUCUUCCAACGUUGAUGGGCUAUCCACUCUCCGAAGGGAAACUGAACCAGAAGACAGCCAUGUCACUCUUAUGGAAGUCCUAUCCCUUUGUUCACAUUCCUAAGGAACUGAUUCCAGAAGCCAUUGAGAAGUACUUAGGAGGAACAGAUGACCCUGUCAAAAAGAAAGACCUGUUCCUGGACUUAAUGGGGGAUGUACUGUUCGGUGUCCCAUCUGUGAUUGUGGCCGGAACCACAAAGGUGAGUCCUAGAGAUGCUGGAGCGCCAACCUACAUGUAUGAGUUUCAGUAUCGUCCAAGCUUCUCAUCAGACAUGAAACCCAAGACGGUGAUAGGAGACCAUGGGGAUGAGCUCUUCUCCGUCUUUGGGGCCCCAUUUUUAAAAGAGGGUGCCUCAGAAGAUGAGAUCAGACUUAGCAAGAUGGUGAUGAAAUUCUGGGCCAACUUUGCUCGCAAUGGAAACCCCAACGGGGAAGGGCUGCCCCACUGGCCAGAGUACAACCAGAAGGAAGGGUAUCUGCAGAUUGGUGGCAACACCCAGGCGGCCCAGAAGCUGAAGGACAAAGAAGUAGCUUUCUGGACCAACCUCUUUGCCAAGAAGGCAGUGGAGAAGCCGCCCCAGACAGAACACAUUGAGCUGUGAAUGGAAGAUCCAUCCAGCCUCGGGAGCCUGGAGGAGCAAAGACUGGGGUCUUUUGCGAAAAGAAUUGCAGGUUCAGAAGGCAUCUUACCAUGGCUGGGGAAUUGUCUGGUGGUGGGGGGCAGGGGACAGAGGUCAUGAAGAAGCAAGUGUUUUAUUUGUGACCCCAGCUUUGGCAAUAAAAGAUCUUUUGAAAGCCAAA